AUGAAGAAGAGAAAACGAAACUCGGAUCCCCUCCCGGUGGACAUCAUCGUCGAAAUACUCUCGAGAUCGUCUAAUAAGUCAGUCGCUACGUUUGGUCUCGCAUCCAAGUACUGUGCGUCCAUAGUUAGCCGUCAAGAUUUCACCGAAUUGUUUCUGACCAGGUCCAUAACUCGGCCGCGUGGCCCGCGUCUCUUAUUCUCCGUUAAAAAUCGCCAUGGUUGGUGCUUCUUCUCAUCGCAUCAACCUCAGAAUCCAGAUACGAAGCCUUCUCUUGUUGUAAAAGCCGAUUUUCUUAAGGGUUUCAAGGAAUUCGUGUGCCCAGAGAUUUGUGGGCUUGUCUCUAGCUUGCUCCUUUUCACUAGUAUUCGGACAUCAAAAAUGCAGGUGAUAUGUAACCCUAGCACGGGACAAUACAGAAGAUUACGUCAACGGAAAAAGAUAAACUUUACGAGACCCUUGUUAGGGUAUGAUCCGAUUGGAAAACAAUACAAGGUAUUGAACAUAUGCAAUCCACCUUAUGGAUCACCAUAUGAAGAGGAGGGGAUUCGGUCAUUACCAACAACAACUGGAGAAUUGUCAUGGAGGAAGUUCUGGUUCCUAACCCAUUAUCCUAUAAGUGAAGGGAUAUGCAUCAAUGGAGUUUUGUAUUACGUUGCUAUUGUAACCGGGGGUAUGAACAAGAUGAUAGCUUGCUUUAAUGUUAGGCAUGAAAAUCUUGAAUUCCUUAAAGCACACGCUAUUACCGGGAACGAAUCUUCUUCGAGUAAUAAACUGAUAAAUUACAAGGGCAAAUUAGGCGUGAUUAGUUGGUAUUGGUACGGUUUUGAUGGAAGGCCUAGGUCUGCCCUUAAGUUGUGUUUAUGGAUUCUAAAGGAUGACAAGAAGCAAGAAUGGUUGCAACAUAACUACAAUUUUCCGGUGAAUGUAAUUGUUGAGGGUGAUAUUUCAGUCGUUGGAGUGAUUGCUGCUACUGGUGAAAUUGUGUUUUCCAUGGACUAUACGUUUAAACGCUUUUUUGUUUUCUACUUCAAUCCUGAAAGGAACACUUUUAAAAAAGUUGGAAUCCAAGGUUUUGAAGAGUCUGAGAAUCAAGCAAGAGUUCACACCUUUGUAGACUAUGCAGAAGAUUUCAACUUUAUAAGAUAG